AUCGACUACAUCAUCGAUAUUGAUGUUCGACUCUGCAUCUUUUACAACCAUAAAAUCUUCCAGCAAUUAACCGAUUGUCAGUAUUGUCACCCGCAUUGACCUCGUUGACUCAAAUCUUCUUCGUGCUUGGAAUAUCGAACUUAACACAAAAGCACCAUGCCUUUCCAAUCACUUCUCUUCUGGUCGAGUAAGACGCCCUUGGAUAACGCCUGGCAUCCCCAGAUUGGUCGGUGUCCGACCCAGUACACUAAGAAUCUUCCACUCGUUCUACAACGUACAGACGCUGAAGCAACUCUGGUCGACGCCGCGCCUUUCAUCGCCAGCAUUGGUGCGCUUCGCUACGCAUCGCAGCUGUUCAAUUUUGGCUUCACAGUUUCGGCGAAUGUGUUCAAAAACGUCCGCACUCUGACCGCACUACACACUUCGACCCUUCUGUUUGUACCAAUGGUCUUGUCACUACAGGCCGCGGGAGUCGAGUACAGGAAUUUCAUCCCACGGUGGAGAACAGCUGCAGAGUCAACACGUGAUGAAGAGGAGGUUCGGCGGCACGUCGAUGCUGGUGCUUACCUUGGCGGCAUGGCUUGGGUUGCACGACUGAUUAUGAGGGUCGGUGUCAGGUACUGGGCGCCGAUUGAUGUGGUGCUGGGUGGUGCUGGGGCUGAUGUGCUUCACCGCGAGUAUGUGCGCACACAUGCCUUUUAA